GGGGGGUGUGGAGCCAGCCAGGCCGCCUGUUCCCACAGCCGCGAGCUGAGCGUGCUGCCAUGGCGCUGGCCAGGCCGGGGACCCUGGCCCCCAGGCCCCCGGCCCCUCUUCUGCUGCAGUUGCUGCUCUUGAGUCCUGCCCUGGCCCUCCUGGGUGGAACGGUGCCAUCGGAGACCCCAAGUGUCUGUGCCUCAGACCCGUGCGCUCCAGGGGCCGAGUGCCAGGCUAUGGAGAAUGGUGGCUACACCUGUGGGCCCACGGAGCCCCGGGGCUGUGCCAGCCAGCCAUGCCACCAUGGCGCUCUGUGUGUGCCCCAGGGCCCAGAUCCCAAUGGCUUCCGCUGCUACUGCGUGCCCGGAUUCCAGGGCCCACGCUGUGAGCUGGACAUUGACGAGUGUGCAUCCCGGCCCUGCCACCACGGGGCUACCUGUCGCAACCUGGCUGAUCGCUAUGAGUGCCACUGCCCCCUUGGCUAUGCAGGGGUGACCUGCGAGACGGAGGUGGACGAGUGUGCCUCGGGGCCCUGCCUGCAUGGGGGCUCGUGCCUGGACGGCGUGGGCUCCUACCGCUGCGUGUGCGCGCCGGGCUACGGGGGCGCGAGCUGCCAGCUGGACCUGGACGAGUGCCAGAGCCAGCCGUGCGCGCACGGGGGCCGGUGCCACGACCUGGUCAACGGGUUCCGGUGCGACUGCGCGGACACGGGCUACGAGGGCGCGCGCUGCGAGCAGGAGGUUCUGGAGUGCGCGUCGGCUCCCUGCGCGAACAACGCGUCCUGCCUCGAGGGCCUCGGGACCUUCCGCUGCCUCUGCUGGCCAGGCUACAGUGGCCAGCGGUGCGAGGUGGACGAGGACGAGUGUGCGUCGGGCCCCUGCCAGCAUGGGGGACAGUGCCUGCAGCGCUCAGACCCAGCCCUCUACGGAGGCGUCCAGGCUGCCUUCCCCGGCACCUUCAGCUUCCGUCACGCCGAGGGUUUCCUAUGCCGCUGCCCUCCGGGCUUUGAGGGGGACGAAUGUGACGUGGAUGUGGACGAGUGUGCCUCACGGCCAUGCCUCAGUGGAGGCCGCUGCCAGGACCUGCCCAAUGGCUUCCAGUGCCACUGUCCGGAUGGCUACACAGGCCUGACGUGUCAGGAAGAUGUGGACGAAUGCCUGUCGGAGCCCUGCCUCCAUGGCGGGACCUGUGAUAACACCGUGGCAGGCUAUACCUGCUGGUGCCCGGAGACCUGGGGCGGGCACGACUGCUCUGUGCGGCUCACCGGCUGCCAGGGCCACACUUGCCCACCUGCUGCCACCUGCAUCCCCAUCUUCAAGUCUGGGCUCCAUAGCUAUGCCUGCCGCUGCCCACCUGGUACCCACGGACCUUUUUGUGGCCAGAACACCACCUUCUCUGUGGUGGCUGGGAGCCCUGUGCGGGCCUCAGUGCCAGCUGGAGGUCCCCCGGGUCUGGCACUGAGGUUUCGCACCACACUACCUGCCGGUGCCUUGGCCACUCGCACUGACACUCAGGACAGCUUGGAGCUGGCACUGGCGGGGGGCACGCUUCAGGCCACACUCUGGAGCCAUGGCAACGCCACCGUGCUUCCCCUGGGGCCGCUGGACCUGGCCCUAAAUGAUGGCCACUGGCACCAAGCCGAGAUUUCGCUCCGCCCGGGGGUCCUGGAGCUGCGGCUCUGGCAUGAGGACUGCCCUGCCCGGCUGUGUGUGGCUUCCAGUCCUGUGGCCCCAGCUCCUGUGGCUUCCGCGGCCCCGACGCCUGCCAGGUUCUGCUCCGCCCAGCUGGGUGGCGCAGCCUUCGAAGGCUGCCUCCAGGACGUGCGUGUGGACGGUCACCUCCUGCUGCCUGAGGAUCUCGGCAAGAAUGUCCUCCUGGGCUGCGAGCGCCGUGAACAGUGUCAGCCUCCGCCUUGUGCCCAUGGAGGGGCCUGCGUGGACCUGUGGACUCACUUCCACUGCAAAUGCCCCCGGCCCUACAGUGGUCCUACAUGUGCUGAUGAGGUUCCUGCUGCCACCUUUGGCUUGGGGGGCACCCUGAGCUCUGCCUCCUUCUUGCUCCACCAGCUGCCAGGCCCCAACCUCACCGUGUCCUUCCUCCUCCGUACUCGGGAACCUGCUGGCCUGCUGCUCCAACUUGCCAAUGACUCAGUAGCUGGGCUAACAGUAUUCCUGAGCAAGGGCCAGAUCCAGGCUGAGGUGCUGGGCGGGCCCGCUCUGGUGCUCCCUGGGCGCUGGGAUGAUGGGCUCCGCCACCUGGUGACGCUCAGCUUCGGGCCUGACCAGCUGCAGGGCUUGGGGCAGGAGGUGCACGUGGGUGGGAGGCUCCUCCCUGCGGACGCCCAGCCCUGGGGUGGGCCCUUCCGAGGCUGCCUCCAGGACCUGCGACUCAAUGACCUCCACCUCCCAUUCUUUCCGCCGCUGCCGGGGAACUCAAGCCAGCCCGGUGAGCUGGGCAGCAGGCAGUCCUGGAACCUCACCAUGGGCUGCGUCUCCGAGGACACAUGCAGUCCUGACCCCUGUCUCAAUGGUGGAAUGUGUCUCGUCACCUGGAAUGACUUCCACUGCACCUGCCCUGUCAACUUCACGGGGCCAACAUGUGCCCAGCAGCUGUGGUGUCCUGGCCAGCCCUGCCUCCCGCCUGCCACCUGCGAGGAGGUCCCCGAUGGCUUUGUCUGUGUGGCCGAAGCCACGUUCCGCGAGGGCCCCGCCGUCGCUUUCAGCGGGCACAACGCGUCGUCGGGGCGCUUGCUCAGCGGCCUCUCGCUGGCCUUCCGCACGCGUGGUGCGGCGACGCCCGUGGCGCUGCGCGGCCUGGCCGGCGACCUGGCCUUCCUGCGCGGUCCAGGCGCCGCGCUCGUUCAGCUGGCCGAGAACUUCACCGGCUGCCUGGGUCGCGUGGCCGUGGGCGGCCUCCCGCUGCCCCUGGCGUCUCCGCGGCCCGGCGCGGCCCCCGGCUCGCGGGAGCACUUCUCGGCCUGGCCCGGGGCUCCGGCCCCGCGCCUCGGCUGCCACGGAGCGCGCGUGUGUGUCCCCUCGCCCUGCCUGCACGGCGGCGGCUGCCGGGACCUCUUCGACGCCUUCGCCUGCGCCUGCGGCCCGGGCUGGGAGGGCCCGCGCUGCGAGGCCCGCGCCGACCCGUGUCGCUCGGCGCCCUGUGCUCGAGGCCGCUGCCACUCGCGCCCCGACGGCAGUUUCGAGUGCCGCUGCCCGCCUGGCUUCGUGGGCCCGCGCUGCAGACUGCCUGUCCCGCCAGAGGCGUGCAGCUUGAACUUCACCUGCCUCAAUGGUGGCCCCUGUGAGGGUGGGCCCCGGGCUGCCAACUGCAGCUGCCAGGAGGGCUUUGCUGGCCAGAGAUGUCAGAUCCCCUGUGAAGCCAACCCCUGCUUGAACGGGGGCACCUGCCGGGCAGCCGGUGGGGUGUAUGAAUGUAUCUGCAGUGCAAGGUUCUCAGGCCAGUUCUGUGAAGUGGUGAAGAGCCUGCCGCUGCCACUGCCGUUCCCACUGCUGGAGGUGGCGGUGCCCGCGGCCUGCGCCUGCCUCCUCCUCCUCCUCCUGGGCCUCCUCUCAGGGAUCCUGGCGGCCAGGAAGCGCCGCCAGUCGGAGGGCACCUACAGCCCGAGCCAGCAGGAGGUGGCUGGGGCCCGGCUGGAGAUGGACAGUGUCCUCAAGGUGCCGCCCGAGGAGAGACUCAUCUAGACCUGCCUGGCUGCGGGCUCUGGCACCUGCGAGGUGUGUCUACCGAGGACCCAAGGAAGCCGCUUCCAGGAGCCUGCGGGGAAGUGGCUGGCCUCUUACCAGCCUUGGGGAGCUGCCGGAGAGCCCGGGAGACCUGCUGGGCAAGUGUCACCUUUGCCGGCAGCCCCUGCCUGCGCCCCAUUUGUGGACGGGAGAGGGGAGCACCGCGGGAAGCACUCAGGGAUGCAGACCGGGGCCUGGCAAGGCCGUGGACGUCUCCAUCGGACCUGCCAGCUCGUGCCCCGGCAGGCGGACUGCUGUGCCGGGGAGGGGCACACGCAGGUGCACACGGUGCGUUCAGAAGUGCGUGUGGGCACGUACCUGGGGACUGCUGAUCUGCAGAUGCCAGUGAGAGUGUUCUGGAUGGGGCUCGCGGGCCUGUCCGUGCCUUUGCUGUGGGCGCACAGGACCGUGUAGUGGGUGCAGGCCCCACAGAGGGGUGGCUGGGCAGCGGGGAUACCCUUCGCAGCCCUGGGGCAGGGGCAGUACGUGUUCUCCGGGAGGCCAGGCCACGGCUUGCCCAGGGACCGAGACCCCCCAGCUCUGGCGUCUUCUCCCGUGUCUGAGGCUGUCCCCAACCUGGAGGCAACUGGGAAACCAGAAGGAGGGUGGUCAUCAGCCAGCGGCCCCUGGCUCCCAGGACAAAUGCUCCUUCUGGCAGCUGUGUGGCACAGUCGGGCCACAGCCAGGGCGGAUCUGCGGGAGCAGAGGACGGGCUGCCCCCAGCCGUCCCACCUUGCGGCCUCCGCCUACCUCACGGCGCUGUGGUGAGGAUCAGUGGAUGACAGCGGGGAAAGAGCCCGGGACGGUGUGCACUACUGGGUUGUUUGGGUCACCCUUUUAGCUUUCAGGAAGGGUUGUCCCUCUGGCUGGAGCCGAGAGAAAGUUGGGGGUGGGCUUUCCCGGGGGCCUGCAAGCGGGCCAGAGGAUAAAGGAGCAAAACUUCUGCCUCCCCCCCACCCCCGCACCCGCCCCCCCCCCCCCCCGCCCGCCACGUCCCACCUGACCACCUCUGGUUCUCCAGGGUCAGCACUCCCCAGUCACAGCUGCCUGGCGAGGCCACUCCUUCACCUACAGACCAGUCGUCUCUCUAAAUGGCUGGGGGGCAGGGGGGAGGUGGAUUCAGGACUCACAGGAAGUCCUCCCAAGUUGUUUGCUGAACUCAGCAAACGUUGGCAUGGCCUCUUUGUGUCGGGGCUGGUCCUGCAGACACAGACACAGACACAGAGGAAGAAUGUGCUGCUUUCCUUCCAGUCGGUCCCUUCCCUGGUAGUGCCAUCACACUGAUCCCAGAGGAGCACCCGCCCUCCCGGCACCCGGUGCCGGGCCUCCUCCCAGCCCCACGGAGUCCCUUUGUCCCUGACCUGGAGACAUGCCCUUUUGUCCCUCCUGUUUCCUUGGCCAGCACCUCCUGUGCCAAGGCCAGGGGACCCCUUCCCAGUUUUAGAUUGGCGGUUGACUUUCCCCAGCUCCCCUUGGGGUCUGAGGCAGCUUCCAGAGGCACAGGAUCAAAUCUGUGGGAGAACCACGUGGUGAUGAGGGGUAAGGGAGCAUGUGGGCGGCUCAGACUGAGGGGUUCAGCUGAGGCUGGGACAGGAAGGGCCCUGAACGCUAGGGUAAGGGGCUUGAUGAGCCCUUAUCCUGUAGGAGGUGGGACCUUUCCCCCAACCUUCUCCACUAGGACUCCUGGGAAGGUGGGGGAGGAAACAUCUGGUACCAGCACCUUAGCCACAGCUGGUGCUUUGGUUAUUUACUUUAUUAAAUCAGGGAUUUGACAAACCUGUGUCCUUUCAGACUCCUAAGACACACGGAACCCCAAUAAAUAAAAGUGCCACUUUUUGGGGAG